AUGGGAGCCUUGGGCAGGCGUGCCUGGAGCGCCCCAGCUAGACGCAGCAGUGCAGGAGAACGGAAUGGAGGCAGAGGCAGAAGGAGUAGUGGUGUCCUUUCCGUUCUCCCUCUUCCCGUCCUCAUCCUUCCCUUUCCAUCCGCCCACCCCGCACCUCCUCCCCCUCCACUCCCCACUCGCCCCCGCUUCCCCCAUUCCACAGGAAUGCCUGGGGCGGAGCAGCUAGACGCAGCAGUGCAGGAGAACGGAAUAGAGGCAGAGGCAAAAGCAGUAGUAGCAUUCCUGCUGAUCUCCCUCUUCCCGCCCUCAUCCUUCCCCUUCCCUCUCCCCAUCUUCCUCCCCACCUUCCCCUCGCCCCCAGGAGUGCCCGGGGCGGAGCAGCUAGACGCAGCAGUGCAGGAGAACGGAAUAGAGGCAGAGGCAGAAGGAGUAGUGGUCUUUUUCGAUGUGCUCAUGGCGGUUCUAGAUCAAUACUUGGGGAACAGACUUGGGAGUAAAGGGGAACCGGGCGAUUGGGCGAGUGGGAGUGGAGAGGAGAGUGGGAGUGGUGGUGGGAGUGAGGAGGAAAGUGGGAGUGAGAGAGGGAGUGAGAGGGGGAGUGAGGGGGAGAGUGAGAGUGAGAGAGGGAGAGAAAGCGGGAGUGGGAGCGUGGAGGAGAGAGGGAGCGGGAGUAGGAGUGGGAGUGGGAGUGGGAGUGAGAGGGGAAGUGAGAGAGGGAGUGAUAGUGGGAGUGAUGUGCCCGUGGGAGCAAUGGUGGGAGAUGAAGACGAGGGAGAAGGGGAGUAUGGGUAUGAAUAUGAAGGGGAGCGAUCAGGGGAGGAGGAUGUGUCAGAUGGUGGGGAGGGGAGUGAGGGAGAUUUGGAUGAGGAGGAGGUGAGUCGAGAGGAAUUGAGCGAAGAGGGAUCGAGUGAAGAGGAAAUGAGGGAUGAGGAAAUGAGGGAUGAGGAAGGGAGUGAGAGAGAUUUGAGUGAGGAGGAUUUGAGGGAUGAGGAAGGGAGUGAGAGAGAUUUGAGUGAGGAGGAUUUGAGGGAUGAGGAAGGGAGUGAGAGAGAUUUGAGUGAGGAGGAAAUGAGGGAUGAGGAAAGGAGUGAGAGAGAUUUGAGUGAGGAGGAAAUGAGGGAUGAGGAAAGGAGUGAGAGAGAUUUGAGUGGGGAGAGUGUGAGUGAGGAGGAAUACGAUCCUGAUAGGCAAGGGGGUGAGGAGGAGGAGGAGGAGGAGGUGGACAGAAGUGGCAGUUUUGAUGGUGAUGUGCAGGAGAGUGGGGAUGGGUACGACUCGGAGGAGUAUGCUGCUGCAGGGAGAGGGGCCGAGGAGCAUGGGGAUGGGGAUGGGCAUGGGGAUGGGGAUGGGGAUGGGGAUGGGGACUCGGACGGGGAUGGGGAUGGGGACUCGGACGGGGAUGGGCGUGGGAGUGAGGCGGAGGAACUGGAGGGGGAUGAUGAUGCAGAGUAUGCGAGUGAGAGUCGGAGUCACAGUGUUGGGGGUAGCGCUGCUGACAGUGCCAGUGAGAGAGGUGGUGAGAGUGGUAGUGAGAUUGGCAGUCGCAGUGGCAGUAGCAGGAGCGGCAGCGGCAGCGGUGGCAGCAGAGGGAGUGAGGAUGGAGGGGGUGGGAGUGAGGGUGGUGAUUAUAGGGAUGAUCCGCCUGGGGAUGAUGGUGUUUAUAGUGAUGAGGAUGAUGAUGGUGGGAGUGAUGAUGAUGGGAGUGAUGGUAGUGAUGAUGUUCCUAUUGCUCGGCCAGGGGACAUGGAUGGUCAAGGCGACUGGUCCCGUGGAGGUGAGUCACAAGGAGAGGAUGAUGUGUCACAUGGGGAGGAUGAGGAGUCGCAGGAGGAGGAUGACGUGUCACAUGAUGAGUCACAAGGAAUGGAUGACGUGUCACAUGGGGAGGAUGAGUUGUCACAUGGGGAGGAUGACGUGUCACACAGAGAGGAUGACGAAUCACAUGAUGAGUCACGCGGGGAGGAUGACGUGUCACAUGGUGAUGAGCAGAACGUGCAUGGUGAUGCUGAGCUGUAUGGGGAUGACCAUGAUUCACGUAGUGGUAGCUAUGACUCGCAUGGGGAUGAGCAGCCGUUUACAUCAGGCCCUGUGUCUGCAUCAGCAUCAGAAUUGGAUGCAGAAUCGCAAGGCACGGGAUCAGAGCAGGAUUUAGGUCUGAAUCGCGAUUUGGAGUCAGAGCAAGAUUUGGGUUCGGAGCAAGAUUUGGGUUCGGAACAGGAUUUGCGGUCGGAGCAAGAUUUAGGUUUGGAAUCGGAAGAGGAGACAGGUUUAGGACAAGAUAGGGGUUCGGAAGAAGUGACGGGAUCGGAACAGGAUAUGGGGUCGGAGCAGGAUUUGGGAUCGGAGCAUGAUAGGGAAUCAGAUGAGGAGGUGGGAUCGGAGGAUGAUUUGCCGCGCGACCUGGUUCCAGAAGCACGCAUGGGAUCAGAGCACGGUACAGAAUCGGAACAGGAUAUGGGGCCGGAGCAGGAUAUGAGAUCGGAAGAAGAUACGGGGUCGCAGCAUGAAAUGGGAUCGCAAGACGGCAUGGAAUCGGAAGAAGAUAUGGGAUCGGAGGUAGAAGGGUCGGAGGGACACAUGGGUUCUCAACUGGGUGGAAGCUCGGAAGAGGAUUUGGGAUCGGAACAUGAUGAAGGAUCGGAAGAGGAUAUGGGAUCGGAGGGAGAACUGGGGUCGGAGGAAGAGUCGGAUGAUGAUGCUGAUAUAGUUGUGGCAGCAGCGGCAGUGGUGGGCGACAGUCGGGAGUAUGGUGAUGGGAUGGAAUCGGAACAGGAUAUGGUAUCAGAGGGAGGCACGGGGCCGGAGGGAGAGUCGGAUGAUGAUGCAGUGGUGGCAUCAGCAGCAGUGAUGGGCGACAGUCGGGAGUAUGGUGGUGGGAUGGCAUCGGAACAGGAUCAGGACAUGGGAUCAGAGGGAGACACGGGGUCGGAACAAGAGUCGGAUGAUGAUGCUGUGGUGGCAGCAGCAGCAAUGAUAGGAGACAGUCAGGAGUAUGGUGAUGGAAUGAUAUCGGAACAGGAUAUGGGAUCAGAGGGAGACUUGGGGUCGGAGGGAGAGUCGGAUGAUGAUGCAGUGGUGGCAUCAGCAGCAGUGAUGGGCGACAGUCGGGAGUAUGGUGAUGGAAUGGAAUCUGAAAGGGGUGGAUCAGAGGGAGACAUGGUAUCAGAUGGAGACAUGGUGUCGGAACAAGAGUCGGAUGAUGAUGCAGUGGUGGCAGCAGCAGCAGUGGUGGGAGUGGGAGACAGUCGGGAGUAUGGUGAUGGGAUGGAGGUGGAGGGGGGUGUGCGGCAAGAGGGUAUGGGGUCGGAGCAUGAUGAAGGAUCGGAAGAGGAUAUGGGAUCAGAGGGAGAACGAUCGGAGGAAGAGUCAGAUGAUGAUGCGGUGGUGGCAUCAGCAGUGGUGGGAGACAGUCGGGGGCACGGUACAGGGUCAGAGCAUGAUGAAGGGUCGGAAGAGUCAGAUGAUGAGGCAGUGGUGGCAUCAGCAGCAGUGGUGGGAGACAGUCGGGAGUAUGGUGAUGGGAUGGAGAGGGGGGACGGAGAAGAGCAAGAGGAGGACGAGGAGGAGGUGGAGGAGGAAGAUGAGGAGGAGGGAUGGGACAAGAGCAACGAGGGGGAGUGGCAGUUGGAUCAGGGGCAAUACGACCAGUCGCAGCAGGAGGGUCAUACGGCCAUCUCUCGCUCUUCCUCUCACUCUUCCUCUCACUCUCACUCCCUCUCUCAUUCUCGCUCUCAUUCUCGCUCUCCCUCUCGCUCACCUGCUCACUCUCCCUCUCGCUCCCCCUCUCGCUCCCCUCUGUCUGCUUCCUCUGCCGCCUCUGAUUCCUCAGCUGACGAUGAAUCUGUUCCCGUGGCCUCUCACUUGCCUUUUGAGACUCCUCAAAAGCCUUCAUCUCCUGACAGAAAAAGUGCCUCAUCUGACGACGAUUCUGUUCCCCUGGCCUCUCAGUUGGCUUCUGAGGCGCCUCAAAAGCCAUCCUCCGAUUCCUCGUCUGAUGAUGAAGACUCUGUUCCCGUAGCCUCUCAGCUCGCCUCCUCCUCUCUCCCUCCUGCCACUGCCGCACCAUCACAACAGCUCCUUUCUCACCCGCAUCAAGAACCAGAAACUUCCGUCACACCUGCCUCUGUCCCCCUUGCUGCUGAGACUCCUGCAGGCGAGGGGGCUUACAGUGGGGAAUCGGCAGUGGGGAGCUUACAAGGGCAGGUGGGGAGAGAGUAUGGGGGUGAGGGGCGGUUGGGGGAACGGGCAGAUGAUGGGGGCAUGAGGGAGCAGCUAAGGGACUCUAUGAGUGUUGAGGGAAGGUUGAGUGGGGCGAGAGGGAGUGGGGAGGGAUCAGCAGCCGUGGCAGGAGGGGCAGUGGAAGCAGUGGCGAAAGGAGGCGAUGGGGGGUUUGAGAGGGGUAAAGAUGGGAGCGUGGGAAGUGGAGAGAUGGAGUAUGGUUACGAGGAGUGGAGAGAUGAGGAAACACCGAGGCAGAGAGAGGAGGAGCAAGAGGAGGUUGUUGUGGGAGGUGAGAGCAAGUCUGUUUUGGAGUCUGAGUCGAGUCAUGAACAGCAAGUGGUUGCUGCGGGGGUUGAGGAGAAGGGUGAAGCAGAGAAAAUCGACGAAGCAGAGAUGGGCAAGGCAGGGGACAAGGGCGAAGCAGGGGAGGAGGGCAAAACAGACGGGAACAGGGAGGAAGAAAGGGAGGAAGGCAACGUGGAGGGAAGCGAGAGCAAGGAAGUGGAUAGGGAUAGGGAUAGGGAUGUGGUGGUGGUUGUUGGUGUGGACAUGGCAGGGCAAGAGUGGGAGGCGCAGGGAUUGAGGAAUGAGAGGGAAACCGUAGCACAGGGGAAUUCAGGAGGUAGCAGGCUGGAGGUGAGGGAGCAGAGGCAGCAGAGGGAGGAUGGAGAAGGGAUGGAAGGCAGCAGUCGGGAGGAUGGGGUGGAUGGUGAUGGGGAGAGGGAGGGUGUGAGGGAGCGAGCUGGAAGUGAAAGGGUGGAAGGGAGUGAGGGGAUGGAGAGGGGGAGUGUGGAUGAGGAGGGAGCUUAUGAGAGGCAACAACAGCAUUGGAACGAGCAGUGGAGAGAGAAGGGGAGUGAGGAGGGGAGUGAGAAAGGGAGCGAGGAGGGGAGGGAGGAGGGGAGCGAGAAGGGAAGUGAGGAGGAGAGUGAUGAUGAUGUGGUGAUGGCAGCAGCAGCAGGGGGGGGGAGUGAUGGUGAUGGUGAUGGUGAUGUUGAUGUGGUGAUGGCAGCAGCAGCAGGGGGGGGGAGUGAUGGUGAUGGUGAUGGUGAUGUUGAUGUGGUGAUGGCAGCAGCAGCAGGGGGGGGGAGUGAUGGUGAUGGUGAUGGUGAUGGUGAUGUUGAUGUGGUGAUGGCAGCAGCAGUGGUGGAGGAAAGUGAUGGAGAGUCGGGAGACGAGGGGAGAGAGGAGGGUAGCCUGAGGGAGGUGGAUGGUGCGGAAGGUAGGAAAAGGAUUUGUGAGUGGGGGAGUGAGAGAGGGAGUGCGAGCGGGAGUGAGAGGGAGUGGGAGGGAAUCGAUGCAGUUCGAGAACGGGGGCAGCAAUGGGGAGAGGAGGAGAGUGAGCCUGGUGAUAUGGACGAGAUGGAAGCGGAAGGGAGAAGUGAAGGGGGAAGUGAGACGGGGAGUGAGCAGAGGAGUGGAGGAGAAAGUGAGGAGGGAAGUGAGGAGGGAAGUGAGAAGGGAAGUGAGAAGGAGAGUGAGGAGGGGAGUGAGGAGGGGAGUGAGGAGGGGAGUGGGGAGGAAAGAGAGGAUGGUGAUGUGUAUGCAUUGGAGGAUGAGCAGAGAAGCGAGGGGGGGAGUGAGAGUAGAGGGGGACGUGAUGAGGUUGAUGACAGAGAUGGGUUUGAGAGAGGAAGUGAGAGUGGGAGUGAGAGAGGGAGUGAGGGUGGGAGUGAGGCGGAGAGCGAUCGGGAGAGUGUGGAAGGGAGUGUGAGAGAGAGCAGUGAGGAUGCAAGAAGUGAGGAGGAGAGGAAUGAGGAGAGGAGUGAGGAGGGGAGCGAGGAGUGGAAGGGAGACACUGCAGAGUUGGAGGGGAGGGAGGGAAGGGAUGACGAGGAGGAUGAGGACAAUAGCAGAAGUGGGAGUGAUUCUUCGGGAGGGGAAGAGGAGGCGGAAGGGGAAGGAGAAGAGGAGGAGAGAAGAGGAGGCAGUGAGUUUGGGGAGAGGAGUGGAUCAGAGAGUGGGCGUUCGGAGGAGGAGUAUGGUUCGAGAGUGGAGGGUGCAGAGAGGGAGGAUUCGCGUGUGUGGGAGCAAGGGGAGGAAGAUUCGCGUGUGUGGGAGCAAGGGGAGGAAGAUUCGCGUGUGUGGGAAGGGGAGGAUUCGCGUGUGUGGGAGCAGGAGUCAGGGGAUGAAGCUUCGGAGAAAGAAGGUUCUGAGAGGGGCUCUAUUGCUGAGGGGUCAGAGGACGGGGUUGGGAAUGGGGAUUUGGAUAGUAUGAGUGAAACUGAAGGAUCAGAGGGGAUGGGGGUGGAGGAGAGGGUGGAGGGAGGAGGUGGAUUGGAGGCUGGGGAGAGAGAUGAAGAGGAUGAAAGAUUGGAAGAAGAGAGAUCAGAGGAUGAGAGAUCAGAAGAGGAGAGAUCAGAAGAGGAGAGAUCAGAAGAGGAGAUAUCAGAAGAGGAGAUAUCAGAAGAGGAGAUAUCAGAAGAAGAGAGAUCAGAAGAGGAGAUAUCAGAAGAGGAGAUAUCAGAAGAAGAGAGAUCAGAAGGAGGGGAAGCGGAUGGAGUGUGGGCAGUGGAAGGGGAGGAGGAGGAGGAGCAGCGAGAGCAAGAGGAGGAGACAGAUGAGGAGGAAAAUCAGGAAUCAGGGGACGAUGGGAGAUUAAAAGAGCUGGAGAGUGGGAGGAGGUGGGAUGGGAAAGAGAGAAACGAAGGGAGUGAGGGGAGUGAGGGAGGAGAGGAGAGUGAGGGUAGCGAAGAGGAGUUUGAGCAAGUGAGGGAGGAGUCGAGAGAGUGGGAGGGGGAAGGUGUUGAUGGGGGUACAGGAGAGUGGAGGGAUGAAAGUGGAAGGUUUGAUUGUGCUUUGAGUGGUAGGAGUGAUGGGAUGGAGAGAGAUCAAGGAGAAAGGAGUGAGGAGGGAAGUGAGGAUAGGGGUGAGGAGGGGAGUGAGGAGGGGAAUGAGGAGAGGAGUGAAGAGGGGAGUGAGGAGAGAAAUGAGGAGGGAAGUGAGGAGGGAAGUGAGGAGAGGAGCGUUGUGGGGAGCGAGGAGAGGAACGAGGGUGGGAGUGAGGGGAGGAGCGAAGAGGAGAGGAGUGAGAUGGAAGAGGUUUGGGACGGGAGGAGGGAUCAGGGUGAUGAGGCGAUGAUCGGGCAUAGUGAUGGGGAGGAGAAGGGAAUGCAGCAUAGUGACAGUGAGGAGGAGGGGAGAUGGGAGGAGGAGGGGAGUGAGAGAGGAAGCCAGCACAUGGAGGGUUCAGAGUAUGAGAGGGAUGGGGGGAGUGAGGAUGAAGAGUACGAGAGAAGCGAAGAGGAGAGGAGUGAGGACGAGGAAGAGGAAAGGAGUGAGGAGGAAGAUGAGAGGAGUGAGGAGGAGGAAGAGGAGGAAGAGGAGGAGGAGGAGGAAGAGCAGGAAGUACCGGUGGUGCUGGCUGCUGGUCCGUUUGUGAGAGCAGCAGUUGGAUCAGCGGUUGCAGCUGCAAGGGAGGAUGGGAGCAACAUAGAGGAAUCUAGAGAGGAAGGAGAGGAGGAGAGUGAGGUGGAGAGUGAGGAGGGAAUGGAUGAGGCGGAUGAGGAGGAGAGAGCUUUGAGCGUGGAGCAGGACAGUGAGGAGGAGAGUGAGGUUGAGGGAGAGGAAGGGGGAAGGCAGGAAGGUGGUAGGGAGAGUGAGGAUGAGAGGUAUGGGGAGAAUGAGGAGAGUGAGGAGGGGAGUGAGGGGGGACGUGAGGAGGAAUUUGAGGAGGGUGGAUCGGGAAGGAGAGAUGAAGAAGACAUGCGUGCAGAGGUGAUGGUAGGGGAGGAGGGAGGGGAUGGGGCGAGUGGGAGUGAGAGUGAGAAAGAGAAUGAGAGAGAGAGAGAGAGUGAGAGUGAGAGUGAGAGUGGGAGUGAGAAAGGGGAGGACGGCCAUGGAGGGGCGGUCAUGUACAGAGAAGCAGAGGGGGACCCGGAAGGAGACAUGUAUGGGGAUGGGAUGCAGGAGGAUGGGAUGCAGGAGGAUGGGUCAUCAGUGCACGAGAGUGACAGUGAGGAGGGGAGCAUGAGAGAGAGUGAAGAGAUGCGUGGGGCACGUGGGAUGGAAGGAAUGGAGGGGAUGGUUAGAAGUUUUGAUAGCGAUGGUGAAGGGGAUAUGUAUGGGGAUGGGGAGAGCGGUGAGCUGAUUGAUGGGCGGAAGGAUGGGGAGCAGGAGAUGUAUGGGGAUGGAGGGAAUGGGGAGGAUGGGCGCAGUGAUGGGGAGGAUGGGCGCAGUGAAGGGGAGGAUGGGCGCAGUGAAGGGGGUUUAUCAAGGGAAGAAGAUGAGGAUGAGGAGAGGGUCAUGCAUGGGGAUGAGGAAGAGGAAGAGGAUGUAGCAGGGGGAAGGUCCGCACACGAGAGUGAUGAUGAGGAAGGAGAGGUGGAGAGGAGUGGAGAGUGGGAGCGGAGUGGAGAGAUGGAGAGGAGUGGAGAGUGGGAGCGGAGUGGAGAGAUGGAGAGGAGUGGAGAGUGGGAGCGGAGUGGAGAGAUAGAGAGGAGUGGAGAGAUGAUGGGUGGAGUGGUGGGUGGUUCACACAUGGGGUUUGAUGCAGGUCCAUGGGAGCAUGCGGAAGCUGAGGAAGAAUCAGGGGAGGGGGAGUCAGAGGAGGAGGGGUCAGAAGAUGGAGGGUUGGAAGAGGGGGGGUUGGAAGAGGGGGGGUUGGAAGAGGGGGGAUCGGAAGAUAUGGGAUCAAGAGGAGAGAGUGUGGAUGGGGAAGAGGAUAUGUAUGGGGAUGGCACUACAGCAGGGCUUUUGGGAGAUGAAACGGGGUGUGCACAGCAUGGCAUCGACCAAUCAGGAGGUGACAUGGGCAUGGGCAUGGACAUGGGGGGUUCAGUAGACUCUGAGAGUGAUGGCUAUGAUGGGAUGGGUCAUUCAGGGGAAGUGCCUGAAGUCUCAGGUGAAAUUUCAGGUGGUUUGAUGGCCCAGGUGGGUCAGAUGCAGGAUGGGAGGCCUGGUCCCUAUUUAGUGUAUUCAGGUGAAAUGGCAGCAUCAGGAGAGGUUACACCUUUAGGGGAUGUUGGGUGGCAAUCAGGAGGAGAAGAAGCAGAGCGAGGGCUUGGGGAUGAUGGUCUUGAUUCGGGAGAUGACAUGGAUGCUUCAGAAGAUGAAACGAGGGAGUUUGAAGAUGGAACGAGAGAGAUUGAGGAUGGAACGGGCGAGUUUGGGGACGAAACGAGGGAGCUUGGGGAUGAAACGAGAGAGCUUGGGGAUGAAACGAUGGAACUAAAGGAUGAGACGAGGGAGUCUGAGGAUGAAACGAGGGAGUCUGAGGAUGAAUCGAGGGAGUUUGAGGAUGAAACGAGGGAGUUUGCGGAUGAAACGAGGGAGUUCGCGGAUGAAACGAGGGAGUUUGCGGAUGAAACGAGGGAGUUUGGGGAUGAAACGAGGGAGUUCGCGGAUGAAACGAGGGAGUUCGCGGAUGAAACGAGGGAGUUUGCGGAUGAAACGAGGGAGUCUGGGGAUGAAACGAGGGAGUCUGAAGAUGAAACGAGGGAGUCUGGGGAUGAAACAAGGGAGUUUGAAGAUGAAACGAGGGAGUCUGGGGAUGAAACAAGGGAGUUUGAAGAUGAUUCGGGGGAGUUUGGGGAUGAAACGAGGGAGAUUGAGGAUGAAACGCGAGAGCCUAAGGAUGAAACGAGGGAGUCUGAGGACGGAACGAGGGAGUUUGAGGAUGAAACGAGGGAGUUUGGAGAUGAACUGGGUGAGGCUGGCAACAUGCCAAUCACAAUGGAGCAGUCAGGCGAGGCAGUGGAGCUUUCUGGAGAUGAAACGAGUCAGUUAGGGGAUGAAACGGGUGACUACGAAGGGACUGGGGAGUACAGUGGAGAGCACAUGGAGAGGGGCGAAGGAGAGGAGGGGAGUGCGAGUGAGGGAGAGAGGAGUGAGGAGGAAAAUGAGGGAGAGGGAGAGAGGAGUGAGGGAGAGGGGAGUGAGGGAGAGGGUGAGGGAGAGGAGAGUGAGGGAGAGACUGAGGGAGAGAGGAGUGAGGAAGAGAUUGAGGGAGAGAGGAGUGAGGAGGAGAGAGAGUUAGAGAUUGAGAGAGAAAGGAGUGAGCAAGAAAAUGAGGGAGAGAGGAGUGAGGAGGAGUGUGAGGGAGAGACUGAAAGAGAGAGGAGUGUGGGAGAGAGUGAGAAAGAGAGGAGUGAGGGAGAGAGUGAGGAAGAGCGGAGUGAGGGAGAGAGGAGUGAGGAAGAGCGGAGUGAGGGAGAGAGGAGUGAGGAAGAGCGGAGUGAGGGAGAGAGGAGUGAAGGAGAGAGGAGUGAGGAAGAGAGUGAGGGAGAGAUGACUGAGGAGAGGCACUGGGCAGAAGAGAGCGGUGUUGUGGAUGGGGAAGAGGGUGGGUCGAGUGGGAGUGAGGGUGGUGUGGUAGCAGCUACGAUGGUAGAGGAAGACGAGGACGAGGAGGAGGAGGAGGAGGAGGAGGGAGAUGAAGAGGAGGAGAGUGGAGAGGAAGAGAUAGGAGGAGGGAGUGAGAUGGGAGAGGGUGAGAGUGUGGGAGGAUGGGUGGAGAGCGGUGAGGGACAUAGGGGUGGAGAGAGGGGACUGGAGGGUAGGUGGGGCAUGCAGAAUGGAAUGGAACUCGGUGGCAUGGGUAUGAGUGCGGAUGGCAUGGAUAUGGAUGCAGAUGACAUGCGUGUUGAUUCAAAUGACAUGGGUGUGCAUUCAGGUGGUGGUGUGGAUAUGAAGUUCGGUGUACUGGAUUCCAUUGGUAAGGACGCACUUGGAGGGACUAAGCCAAGCGUUGUAGGGAGUGAAGGGGGGGAGGCAUGGGAAGAGGAGGAGAGCAAUGCACUUGAGAGGGGAGAUGGCGUGGGGAGUGACGAGGAGAGUGAGAAAGAGAGUGAGGAAGAUGAGUGGGAGAAAGAGGAUGAGGGCCGAGGCUUGGAGAAUGGCACAGCUUUGCAGGGCGCCCGAGGCUCGGAACCGCAUGGAGGUUCGGAGGAUGGCUCGGACCGAGCCUCGGAUGUGGGAGAAGGAAAUGGAGUAGCAGGGUCUGACGAGGAUUAUGAUGACGUGGCAGAGGCUGAGAUUGUUGGUAGAAUGUCAGGUGAUCUGCCACGUGAGGUGUCAGGUGAGGCGUCAGGUGAAUUGUCAGGCGAUUUUGGACUUUCAGGUGAGAAUUGCGUUUCAGGAGGAGAGAAGGCCAUGCAGAGUCAUGCCAUGCAGAGUCAUGCCAUGGCAAACGUGGCUGGUAGUAGUACUGACAUGGAUAGCAGGGAUGCCGCCACCACCCUUGCCCCUGGGAACACAUUGUUCCAGUCUCAGCAGCAGUCCUUGCAUUCAGAGAGCGAGUCUGAGGGGUCUGCGGGAUUGGCAAUAGCUGCAGCAGCACCAGCGUUGGGGGCACAGGAAGCAGCAGCAGGAGGGCAGCAAUCAGUCGCAGCAGCAGCACCAGCAGCACCAGCAGCAGCAGUAGCAGCAGCAGCAGCAGCAGUAGCAACGGCAGCAGAACCCAAAGAAGCAGCCGCACCAUCACCACCAGAAGCAGCAGCAGCCGCAAACGUGGGAGGAGCAGCAGCAUUGGUGGCGAAGGCAGAGCCUUCGGUGCUAGAAGUAGCAGCAGAGGGGAAGAAUACGCAGCAACAGAUGCAGCAGCAGCAGCAGCAGCAGCAGCAGCAGCAGCAGCAGCAGCAGCAGCAGCAGGAGAGUGUGCAGAAGAAGGAGAGUGGGUGGGUGUCGUGGAUGGGAGGUGCAGUGGCAAGCCUGCUCACCCCACAUGUGCGGAAACCCUCUGUUGACGUCACUGCAAUGCAGGCUGCAGCGCCUCCUCAAGUAUUACCUGAGGUAACACCUGAGAAAACACCUGAUGUUACAGCACCUGCUGGUGUUACGGCACCUGAUGUCACGAAAGGUGGCCUUUCAGCAGUGCAAGAGCUACCUUGUAGUAAGGAUACAGGCACCUUUUUAACAGCUGGUAACGGUCCCUUGCCACUAGAACACGGCAUGGCUCCUGAGGCGAACCCACCUGCCCCUGCCGAACCUGCUGUUACCGAGCCUGUCACUGCCAAGCCUGCUUUUGCCGAACCUGUGCCUGCCGAGCCUCUGUUGUGGAAGUCUGCUGGAGAGGGAACAGAGGGGGCGGUACUGUUUCAGGUGGCUGGGAAAACACCUGCGUCAGGUGGUAUGGUGCAGUCAGGUGGGACUGGGACCCUGCCAGGUGAAUUCCCAGGAGGUUUACUCCAAGGGAAGAUGCCCAACGGGUAUGCUAGUAUGGCAGCAUCGGAAGGAAGUGUGGGAAGUGGAAGGAGCGAGGGAGCCGAGAGUGAGGAGGGUGAGGGGAAUGAAGGGGGUGAGGGGAGUGAAGGGGGUGGGGGGAGUAAAUUGGGUGUGGGGAGUGAAGGUUUGGAGCGUGGUUCCAGUGGUAUGAGUGAAGAGAGGACAGGCGAUAUGUAUGGUGCUGGAGAAGGUGAUGCGUCUGGUGGGGAGGAAGGGGAUAUGUAUGGUGAGGGUGGUGGAAGUGAUGCAUUCAAUGGGGAGGAAAGGGACAUGCAUGGUGGGGAGAAAAGUGAUAUGUAUGGUGAUGGUGAGAGUGAUAAUUCUGGUUGCGGGGAAGGGGAUAUGUAUGGUGGGGAGAGAAGCGAUAUGUAUGGUGAGGGUGAGAGUGGUAAUUCUGGUGGAGAGGAAGGGGAUAUGUAUGGUGGGGAGAGAAGCGAUAUGUAUGGUGAGGGUGAGAGUGAUAAUUCUGGUGGAGAGGAAGGGGAUAUGUAUGGUGGGGAGAGAAGCGAUAUGUAUGGUGAGGGUGAGAGUGAUAAUUCUGGUGGAGAGGAAGGGGAUAUGUAUGGUGGGGAGAAAAGUGAUAUGUAUGAUGAUGGUGAGAGUGAUAAUUCUGGUGGCGGGGAAGGGGAUAUGUAUGGUGGGGAGAGAAGUGAUAUGUAUGGAGAGGUUGAAAAUGAUAUGUCUAACAGGGAGAAAGGUGAUGUGGAUGGUGAGGGUGAAAGUGAUGCUUCUGGUGGGGAGGAAGGGGAUAUGUACGGUGAGGAGAGAACAGAGGAGUUAAGUGGGGUGCAACGAUCACAUGAAGGAUGGAGAGAAGAAUCCGAAGAGAGAAGGUCCGACGAAGAGGGGAGAUCAGAAGACGAGAGGUCAGAAGAAGGGGAGUCAGAGGAGAGGGAAGGAUUAGAAGAGGGGAGGUCAGAAGAGGGGGCAUCAGAAGAAGGGAGGUCAGAAGAGGGAGAGUCGGAAGGGGAGGAGAGAGAUGAGCGAGAUUCACAGGGCGAUGGGGAGGCGAGGACUGGGGCGGACAAGGAGGAGGAGGAGGAGGAGGAGGAGGAGGAGGAGGAGGAGGAGGAGGAGGAGGAGGAGGAGGAGGAGGAGGAGGGGACGGGAGGGAGCUUCGUGGGGAGGAAUGAGGAGGAGAGGAGCGAGGAGGAGGAGAGGAGUGGGGAGGAGGAAAGGAGUGAUGAGGAGGGGAGUGAGGAGGAGAGGCGUGAGGAGGAGAGAAGUGAGGAGGAAGAGAGGGAUGAGGAGGAGAGGAGUGAGGAGGAAAUGCAGAGGGGGGAGAGCAUGGGGAGUGAGAGUGCUGAUGGGGCAGAACAGGUAGGCGAGUGGGAGGGGGAGGGAAGGAGUGAACAGGGUGACGGCGGUGAUAUGUAUAGUGGUGCUAUCGUGGGGGAAGAGUCGGAGGAGGGGGAUAGGGAGACGGAGGAGGAAGAGGAGGAGGAUGAGGAGGAGGAGCAGGAGGAGCAGGAGGAGCAGGAGGAGCAGGAACAGGAGGAAGAGGAGGAGGAGGCACGUUAUGGCAACUCUUUCCCUCCACCCUCCCAUCCCUCCCACUCCUCCCAUGUCAGCAACGUGCCUCCCUUACCGCCCUCGCUCCCGCCUGCUCUAGCCGCCCGCCUCGAGUCUUUCUCCCCCUAUACCCGCGUGACCUCAUGGGAUUACCAGGGUGGGAAUGCGCAAGGCACGGCGCUUCGGAGCUUCAGCAACAGGGAUUUUGGCGUGGGAAGGAGAAACGGGGCGGAGCUUGGGAGGGAAGGAGCGGUGGUGGAGGGAGAGGAAGGGGGAGGAGGAAGGCAAGAUGGAGCUUGGAAGGAAGCAUGGAGGCCGUUUCAGGGUGUUUCGGUGCAAGCUGUGGGGUCACGGCUUGGCAAUCGAGGUGGUGCUGUUGCUGGGGAUGGCAUGGGUGGGGCAGGGGCGAGGGUGGUGGAGGAGGAGGUAGAGGGAAGGGAUGAGGAGCAGGGAAGACUGUGGGAGGAAGUUAAUGAGGAGGAGGAAGACGAAAAAGAGGAGGCAUUGGAGGAGGGUAGAUUGUGGGAGGAAGUGGAGGAGGAGGAGGAGGAGGACGACGACGACGAGAAAGAUGACGAGGCAGUAGAAGAGGGCAGAUUGUGGGAGGAAGCAGAGGAGGAGGAAGAGGAGUCAGAGGAGGAAGGGGAGGGAGGGUUAAGGGAGCAGGAGGGAUCCCGGCAAUUGCUAUGGAAUGACGGUGAAGCUAUAGAAGAGGGGAGUGAGGAGCGGGAGCAGAGCGAGGGGGAUGAGGCGAACGAGGAAGGUAGGGGAAUUGAGGGGAGUGAAGGGAGUGAGGGGAGAGAGGAACAGAGGUACGGCAUGGAGGAGUAUGGAGAGGGGUUGGAUGGGGAUGGAGGGUGGGACGGAGAGGGAGGUGGAGAAGGGAGGGGGAUGAGAGGGCAAUACGGAGGCAUGGAGGUGGGAAGUGAUAGUGAUGGGGCUGAGGAGAGUGGGAUGUUUGACGGGCAAUUGGAAAGGGUUGUGGAGGAGGGAAUGGGAGAGGGAGAGGGGGAGAGAGAGGAAGAAGAAGAGGGAUGGGUGGGAGAGGAAGGAGAUGGGAUGAGGGAGGUAAAGCAGGGGAAGGAAGGGAAGCUAUGGUCAGAUGAUGAGGAGGAAGAAGAGGAAGAAGAGGAAGAGGAGGAGGAGGAGGAGGAGGAGGAGGAGGAGGAGGAGGAGGAGGAGGAGGAGGAGGAGGAGGAGGAGGAGGAGGAGGAGGAGGAGGAGGAGGAGGAGGAGGAGGAGGAGGAGGAGGGAGGAGGUCCAGAAGGGCACAUGGUCACUCGUGAGGGCUUGAUGAUGGUUCGAGCUACGGCUUCGGGGCCUAGCGAAGCAACAGCAGCAGCAGCAGCAGCAGCAGCAGCAGAAGCGGCGGCGGCGGCGGCAGGAGGUGCUUAUAACGCGGAUGGGGCCUACGGGAGUGGUGGUGAUGGUGCGUCCUUGCAGCAGCAGCAGCAGCAGCAACAGUUGCCUCAGGAGAAGUUCCUAGACAGUCAGGUCCCGUGGAAACCUCAGUCUACAUCAGAAGAGACUGAGAGUGAGAGCGGGGUGAUGGACGCAUUUCCAGUCACUGCUGCUGCUGCUGCUGGUGGUGCUGCCGGUGCUGCCGGUGCUGCUGGUGCCAAUGCAGUCAAUUUCUCUGCUGGUACUGCUGCUGCUGCUACUGCUGUUGAGGAGUCUACUGAAGACGAGGCUGAGAGGAGGAGGAGAGAGCGGGAGCAGAAGCGGGAGCGGAAGGAGCGGCGGGAGCGGAGGGAGCGGCGAAGGCAGUCGACUCUGUCGGCUUUAAGUGGGCAUGAGAGUGAUGCUUCGGCGAUGGAGUGGCGGCAGGAGGAGGAGGAGCAUAGAGAGAAAGGGCAGCCUGGAGUUUUGGUGUUAGGGCAGCAGGUGGUGUUGCUAAGGGGAACAGGAGAAGGAGAGGAUGCGUUUACUUCUGAUGCAGGGAAUGAGGAGAUGGGGGGACUGGUUGGGCAGGGUGUGGGGAGGGUGAGUGGGAUUGGGUUGGCUGCUGUGGCUGCUGGGGAGAGGUGGAGUGGUGGAGAAGAUUUGGGUGGUGGUGUGGGGCAGAGAGAGCAGAGCUGGUCCGCCUGGAGGGGGGAUGAGGGGGAGGAUGACGAGGGGGAGGAGGAAGGCUUUCGGGGGUUCAAUGGAGUAGGUGAUGGGAGCGUUGGGGAGGGGGGAGAGGUAUUGCAGGGACGUGGGGAGUGGGGGGAGGAUAGAGUAGGAAGAGGAGUGAGGAAUGAGUCUGAUGCAGGGGAGGAGGAUUGGGGGAGCGGACAGGAGGGGGGGGGUGGAGUGGCAAUGGCAGGAGCAGCGGCAGCGGCAGCGGCAGCGGCAGCGGCAGCGGCAGCAGCAUCACAGCAGCAUGGAGCAGGAUAUACGGGCCAAGGAGCGCGUUACAUGAGUCAGGAGCAGAGAGAGGAGGAGGAGUAUGGGGGAGGAGAAUACCUAAAUGAGCAUGCAUAUGGCAGUGAGGAGGAGGAGGAGGAGGAGGAGGAGGAGGAGGGGGAGAGAGAGGAGAAUUCGAGGAAUUCUAGUGGUGUUGCUAGGGAGAGGGAGAGGGAGGGAGAGGGAGAGUAUGUGGAGGAAGAGGAGGAGGAGGAGGAGGAAGAGGAGGAAGAAGAGGAAGAAGAGGAAGCUAUGGCGAUGCCCAGUAUGGACCUUGACGGCCUUCCGUCUGUGCAUGGCCGAGAGGAGGACGAGGAAGAAGAGGAGGAGGAGGAGGAAGAGCAGGAGGAGGAUGAAGAGGGGCGUAGUACUGAGGGGAGUGAGGAGAACGAGGAGGAUCCGUUUCACAAGCAUCAUUCCCAAUACCAGCAGUAUCAGCAGCAGGAGCAGCAGCAGCAGCAGUACCAGGCACAGCAGCAGCAGCAGCAGCAGCAGCAGCACCCAAUGUAUCAUGGCAAGCGGCCGUCAAUGGUCCCCACCAAUGCUGCUAUGGCAGGCAGUGAUGACAGCGAAGAGCAGAGCGGUGAGGAAAGAGAUGAGCAGUACAAGGCACAGCAACAGCAGUACCAGGCUCAGCAGCAGCAGCAGCAGCAGCAGCAGCAGCACCCAAUGUAUCACGGCAAGCGCCCGUCAAUGGUCCCCACCAAUGCUGCUAUGGCAGGCAGUGAUGACAGCGAAGAGCAGAGCGGGGAGCAGAGCGAAGAGCAUAGGGAUGGGCAUUACGAGGAGCAUUAUGAUGAGGAGAGGGAUGAGCAGAGCGGGGAGCAAUAUGAUGAGCAGAGCAGUGAACGGUAUAAUGAGCAUAGGGAUGAGCGCAAUGGGAGUAGCCAAGACGAAGAGGGUCAACAAGACAGAGAGGACGUUAGUGGGGAUGAGGAGGAGGAGGAGGAGGAGGAGGAGGAAGAAGAGGAGGAGGAAGAAGAGGAGGAGAACAGUCCCGCCUUCCCAGACACACCCAUGUCUCUAGACUCGUCCUCGAUCGCCCUCGCCUUACCGGCCAGUAACGGCAUCUUCAGCAACAGCAAUGGCAACAGCAACGGCAACAGACCGGGGCCUCCUUAUCUAGCUCCCCUCCGCACCCACAACAGCGAUAGCAGCGAGGAAUCUCUAGACCUUGCUGCUGCUGCCGCUGCUGCUGCUGCUGCUGCUGCUGCUGCUGCUGCUGCUGUGGGUGGUGCUGGUGGUGGUGUUACGGCAGUAUCUGUGUUUCCUGGUGGCAAACCGCCGUCGCGCCAAGCGUCCAUGGUGGCAUCUCAGCCCAUCUCCAGACAGGUGUCCAAUCAGGGGCCGCCACGUCAGCUGGGCAAUGCUGCUGGUGCUGGUGGUGGUGGGUGGGGGGGGGUGAACGGUCAUGGAGCGAUGGGGAGAGGCGAGGAGAGUGAGGAGGAGAGUGAGGAUGUAGUGAGUGCUGCAACAUCGUCCGAUGGUGAGGUGGUGACUGCAGCGCCUAUGGCAACAAUGGAAUUAGUGGAAGGAGAAGAGGAGGACGAGGAGGAAGAAGAGGAGGAAGAGGAGGAGGACGAGGAGGAGGAUGCUAGUGGCUCUGAUAUGGAUUCGCUGCACGAUUCAGUGAGGGGAGGAGGGCGUGGAGGUAUGAUGAAAGGAAUGGCGCUUCAUCCUAGUUCUAAAGUGGCUGUACAGCCAAUCAGAGAGGCGCAGUGGGAAGAGGAGGAGGAGGAAGAGGAAGAAGAGGAGGAGGAAGAAGAUGAAGAGGAGGAGAGGGGACACAGAAGAGGCAGAGGCAGUAGGGCGGCGAAUCAUGGGGGGAGUGUGGAGAGUGGGGAGGAGGGCUCAAGUGAUGCAGAGCUAGCACCUGUUGCUUCUCUGGUGGAGGGUGGGAAGGGGAGCGGAAGGGGGAGUGGGAGGGGGAGCGGAAGGGAGAGCGGACGGGGGAGUGGAAGGGAGAGCGGGAGCAGGAAUGGGAGCAGGAGCGGGAGCAGAAACGCGAGUGAGCAUCCUGCUGGGUUUAGAGACGGAUGGGGAGGGGAUUCUCUUGACGGAAGCAUGGAAGGGGACGAAGAGGAGGAGGAGGAUGAGGAGGAGAGUGAUGACGAUGAUGAUCUGGCAAGGAGUGGGUAUGAACCACCCUUGGCAAUGCCGGUGGCAGCAGCAGGAAGAGGGGGAGCGGGUCACAAGAACAGCAGGGGUAAUCGCUGGGCUGGGGGUGGUGGUGGCGGCGAGAGCAGCAGGGACGGCGACAGCAGUACAGCAGGCGGGGACUUCAUGAGUGAAGCUGAUUCAGAGUUUGGCGUCCCGAUCGCCAUGCCACUGGAUGCUGAGGAAAAGAGGAGGAUUAUUCGAGCAGCUUUGCCUGUACAUAGUGAGGAUGAUAGCGGUAGCGGGGAGGAGCAUGGGAGGCGGCACCGGAGGAGGGGUGGUGGUGGUGGUGAUGAGGAGGAGGAUAGUGAGGAGCAUGAUUACACUGAGAGUGGGGACGAGGGGAUUGCGACUGGGGAAUUCACGAGCGAAUUUGCUCCUCCCAUUGCCAUGCCUCUUAUCCACGGCACGGCUGUUGCUGUAGAUGAUGAUGAUGAUGAUGACAGUAAUUUCAGCAGCCAAGAACUAGAUGAGGACGAAGAGGAGGAAGAGGAGGAGGACGAGGGAGGAGGAGGAGGAGAAGGGGGAGGAGGACGGAGAGGUGGUGGGAAAGGGAGGAGGAAGAACCGGAGCAGGGGCAGCAGCCGGCGCAACCAGGACUCUUUCAGCGAUGCGAACAGCGAGCUCGGCGCACCGAUCGCCAUGCCCGUUGCCUCGGAGGACUACGAGAGCAGUCAAGGAGACUGGGACCAGGGCGAGUUUUCCCGGAGACCCAGCCAGAACAGCAGCGGCCCGCUUGCUGCACACCCGUCCUCCUCCUCCUCCCGCAUUCCCGUCGGCGGCAGCAGCAGGAAAACCGCCGGGUUGCCUCCCGCCGUGCCCCGACCGAAGGGCGCGGCAGGAGGAGGAGGAGGAGGAGGAGGAGGAGCGAGCGGAGCGGGGGAUGGGCUGCGAGCACAGAAAGCCAUGGUGGAUGCUCAGAACCCGUUCAGGGGAGGAGGAGGGCCUCCUUCUGUGGCUUCUUCUCAGGAUUACACGGUGGUGCAUGGGACUGGGAGGCGGGCGGUUGUGCCGCUGAGAGGGGCGGCAGGGUCCGGGAGGAGUGGUGGUGGGAGACUGUCGGAGGAUGAAGGGUCGAUGCAUGGAGGGAUGCAGUCGGCACGGCACACUGGUCCGGUUAGAACCUCAAGCCUGCAAUCCGACGGCUCUCCUUUGCUCAACCACACCAACACGCAGCGAUCCAACCAUUCGUCUGGGCGGGGGGGCACACGAGCAGACACAAUCGACAGGGAGGGGAAGAGCAGGAGAAGUGGGAGGGCCAGCAGUGGAGGCAGCUGGGUAGAGCAGAAACGCGGGGGAAGCGGAAGAGGAACCAAGAAGGAGGAGGAGGGGCAGGAGGAGGAGGAGGAUGUGUCAGGGAAGGAUCUGGAAGAACCAAAUGAGAAGCUCUGGGAGGAGGACGGCGCGGGGCUGCGGCGGAUUGAGAUGGAUGAGUCGAAGCGGCUCCGGAGUGCUCAGCGUGUGUUCAACCGAUCAACUAUUCUGCUACGAAGGCCAGACCAAGCCAGAGAGGGCCAUGAGCAUUGA